AUGUCUUUUAUUGAUACAACCAAAGAUCUCCCUACCCUGUUCAAGAAACAGGUAGAGGCAACUCCCAAUGGCAUUGCGCUGGAAGAUGGAAAUGUCACAUACACAUAUGCCGAAUUAGAUCAAGAAGUCGAUGCGCUGGCCACUCGACUCCGAUUGUACGGUGUCAGUCGCGAUUCCUUGGUUGGAGUGUUGCUUCCACGUAGCGCACACUAUGUGAUUGCCUGUUUGGCUGCACUUCGUGCCGGUGGUGCAUUUUUGGUGUUGGAGCUCGCGUACCCCGCGGGGCUGCUAGCCGACGUUAUCGAGGAUGCCCGCCCCGCCGUUGUCAUUACCCACCAAGUGGAGGCCCCCAGAGUGAAAGCGCAAUGCCCCGUGAUCGCAUUGGAUCAGCCAGCAACCGAAGCAAACGGAUACGCUAAAGAGGCCACACCACUACCAGCACAGGACGAUCUGGAUCGUCUGGCAUUUGUUUCUUAUUCUUCCGGUACCACUGGUAAACCCAAGGGAAUCGCCAACCCCCACAGGGCACCCGUCCUUUCAUAUAACCUGAGAUUCGGAGUCCAGGAUUUGCAACCGGGAGACCGAGUCGCAUGCAAUGUGUUUUUCGUUUGGGAGAUUCUCCGCCCGCUGUUGCGUGGUGCGACAGUCGUGACCGUUCCCGAUGAUGUCAGUUAUGACCCGGCCGCCUUGGUUGACCUACUUGCCGCUAAGCGCAUUACCGAAACUCUCAUGACUCCGACAUUGCUCGCCACUGUACUUUCGCGUUAUUCUGCCGGUCGCAUUGCGACUCGCCUACCCGAAUUGCGAACAUUAUGGUUGAAUGGAGAAGUGGUGACCACGGAUCUGGCCCGUCGGACGAUCAACUCUUUGCCCAACACGCGCCUGCUCAACUGCUAUAGUGCUUGCGAAACACAUGAAAUCGCAUGCGGAGAUAUUCGGAGCAUGAUCGAUGACUCCAUCUACUGCCCUGUUGGCCCUCCUCUCGACCCAGAGCACAUGUAUAUUUUGAAUGAGAGUGGUGAGCAGGUUGAGAUCGGCACAGCUGGAGAGCUGUUUAUCGGUGGAGACCUCCUUGCCCGAGAAUACAUCAAUCUCCCAGAGGCAACAGCCAAGGCCUUCACCCCCAACAAGUUUGUUGCUACCCCGGGUGCUCGCAUGUAUCGGACUGGUGAUUUGGCCAGGCAGCUACCUUCGGGACUUUUGGAAAUCACCGGCCGAGUGGGUGCGAUGAUCAAGCUUCGCGGAUACUCCGUUGUACCUGCAAAGGUGGAGAGUGACAUUUGCCAGUACUUGGCUGUUAGCCACUGUGCUGUUGUCGCUCAUGGAGAUGGUCUUGAGCGACAGCUGGUCGCAUACGUCGUGGCAGAUAUUGAGGCGGGAGAUCGUCCAGCAGUUGAUGUCGACGAGGCAGGCCACAGCCCAGCCGCACGCCGCGUCUUGGAGGCCUAUCUUGCGCACUACAUGAUUCCUGCUCUGUGGGUAGUCUUGAAAGAGCUUCCCACCAGUGAGGUUUCUGGAAAGGUCGAUCUCAAGAGCCUUCCCCCACCUCGCAGUUCUAGCCCCGUGAGCAGCGAGCAGUCCGUGGACAGAGAUCCUAUUGGGAUCAACGACAUUGCUUCUAUCUGGGCUACUGUUCUUAAAACUUCCAAGACGCUUCUGAAGCCCGAAGACAACUUCUUUGACUUGGGAGGUCAUUCUCUGUCCCUCGCGGACUUGGCAUCCAGAAUUUCCAGACAAUUUGGCUUCCGUGUGCCUAUUCCACGUCUCGCUGAAAAUGUCACUCUGUCUGGCCACUUGGAUACAGUACGCGCCAUCCGUGAUGGUCACACUGCGGCUGUCCAGGCAGAUCUCCCUGCUGUCCUUUUGGCUGACUCUACUUUGGAUGACGAUAUUAAGCCGUUCCCCGGUGCAAACAUCACCUCCAUCGCCUCUGCAGAGACUGUUCUUUUGACAGGUGUGACUGGUUUCUUGGGUGCCUUCCUGCUGAAUGAUCUUCUUGAGAACACAUCGGCGCAGAUCAUUUGUCUCGUUCGAUUCAGUGAUCCGGAGGAUGACGACCAGGCUGGUGGUGUUGCUCGCAUCCGUCGCAAUCUCCUGGAUUUGGGACUCUGGCGCGACACAAUUAUGGAGCGCGUCGAGGUUCUCCCUGGAAACCUUUCUAGGGCUCGCUUCGGAUUGUCACCUGAGACAUUCGACGACCUUGCCUCCCGCGUCCAGGUCAUUGUUCACGCUGCGGCUACCGUCAAUCUGGUCUACCCAUACGCUGCUCUCCGCGACGCCAACGUUGGCGGCACUAGGGAGAUUCUUCGUCUGGCCUCUAAGGGCGGUGCUACAGUUCAGUACGUCUCGACGAAUGGUGUUUUGCCCCCCUCUCCUACUGGUGGCCGCGGCUGGACCGAGGAUACCAUGCUGCCUAUUGAGGAUGUGCCCACAAAGCUGCUCGACGGAUACGGCCAGACCAAAUGGGUUGCUGAGCAGCUCGCUCUCAAGGCUAGUCAGCGUGGACUGCCAGUGAAGAUUCACCGUUGCGGUACCAUCAGUGGUCACAGUCUCAACGGUUCUGCGAAUGCUUGGGAUCUUCUCACUGCUCUUUUGGUCGAGUCUGUUCGACUAGGCUACGCGCCUGAUGUUGAUGGCUGGCGCGCAGAGAUGACUCCCGUUGACUUUGUCAGUCAGUCAAUUAUUCACCUCGCCACACAGACACAGAAGGUCGAGAACCAGCCCGAACAAACAGUUUACCACCUGGGUGACCCCGAUCCCAUCAACACUCGCAACGUAUUUGAGAAUCUAGCACAGCUCGGUUACCCCACCCAAUCACUGCCGUGGGAUGAAUGGGUGGCUCUCUGGAUGGAGAAGCGUGGCUCGACUAAGGGUGGAGAUGGUGCAUUCACCGUCGACAUUCUUCGCAGUGGUAUGCCGACCGUGGAGUUCCUUCGUGGCAUCGUAGUCCUGGAUAACGCCUUGACCCGGCCUCUCCGCAAGGCUGUCGAAAGACCCAAGGUGGACCCUCUUCUACUCGAAACAUAUGCCCGCCAUUGGUUCGCUCGUGGCUGGCUCCCUAGACCCCCAUCCCGCCGUGAUGCUCUCAGCCGCUCACUUCCCACCCGACCGGUCUCCCGCGGCCCUCUCAGCGGACAAGUGGCCGUUGUGACCGGUGCUUCCUCAGGCAUUGGAGCCGCAGUCGCAGCCGCACUCGCCAAGCAGGGCUGCGCCGUCGCCCUCGGUGCCCGGCGACUGGAUGCACUAGAAUCAGUGAAGCGCAGUGUCGAAUCAUUCGGUGUGAAAUGUAUUAUCCGUUCAACGGACGUUACCAACAAGACUCAAACCGAGGCACUCUUCCAAGCCGCUCAUGAUGAGCUUGGCCCCGUCGACAUCCUCGUCGCCUGUGCCGGUGUCAUGUACUUCACCAUGAUGGCCAACACCCAAACAGACGAAUGGGAGCGUACCGUCGACGUUAACUGCAAAGGUCUACUGAACUCUCUUUCAUCUUCAGUCCCCGGCAUGCUUUCUCGCGGAAAGGGCCAUAUCGUGGCUAUCUCCUCUGAUGCAGGUCGCAAGGUCUUCCCCGGUUUGGGCGUAUACUCGGCCAGUAAGUUCUUUGUUGAGGCUACUCUCCAAGCUCUGCGUCUUGAGACUGCCGGUGCCGGAUUGCGGGUGACUAGUAUCCAGCCUGGUAACACAUCUACUCCGUUGCUGGGUAUGUCUACGGAUGCGGAGGCCAUCAAGAAGUUUGGUGAGCCGUCUGGUGCCAAGAUCUUGGAUCCAUCUGAUGUGGCGAACUCUAUUGUGCAUGCUCUCACUCAGCCGGAGCAUGUCUCUGUCAAUGAGAUCCUGGUGGAGCCUCGUGAUGAGCCUAUUUAA